UAAUUAAUAUCAGGUCAAGGCGUCCCUGUCCAAGGAGUCUGUUUCGUUGAAUCAUGGAAAAAGAUGGUCUCAUCAACGUGAUUGUAAAGAACACAAUGGGCUCAAUGAAGGAUUUGACCUUCCCAUCCUUGGAGCCAAGUCUAACUAUUCUAGAGCUUAAAAUGUCUAUACAAAACGCUCACCCGAAAAACCCUGCUCCAAGUGAGCAGAGGCUAGUAUGUGGUGGCAAACUUGUUUUAGAUAAUGACAGAUUGGAGCAGCUACUAGUCGACCGCGAGCGAUCUACUAUCGUCCUCCACUUAGCGUUAAGAUUAGACACUGCGUCAGCGAUAAGAUCAGAUCCAUCAAAGGGAGAACGAGGUGAUAAGUCGAACAUCCAACCUUCGACAAAUUACCAAGCCGAUGGCUCGUCAGUUCAAUCAUUGCAGACGUCUCAUGAACACUCAUCAGGCGUGCGGCCUGGUAUUCCAGACUCGCAGCCACCUCUGUCCAUGUUUUCGGAUUCGACAGGCCCGUCCGAUAACGCACGUCCGUAUUACGACCAAUUUGCCGCACAACAAAAUAACUAUGCUCAGAUGCAGCAAAGAUGGAGACAAUCAAUCCAGCAACCCCAACCGACGCCUCCGCGACAAGGAGUCACUAUUCGAGUCGUUUUCGUCUUGCCGUUUAUACUUCUGUUAUUAAGAGAAAUUGGUUCUUCGUGGAAUUGGAUUCUAUGUUUGUCUUCGAUCUUGUUGAUGAGCUACUGGUCUAGAGUGCGAUUCAACAUAAAUCUCGGACCAAAUAGUACUCAAACGUGGACGAGGUAUAUUGACUGGAGAAAUUACUCGGGAUGGCAAGGGGAAGUGUUAGGAUUCGUCGUUCCAUUUUUUUUAAGUAUGCUUCCUUUUUGGCAUCCUGAAGAAUAUGCCUAUCAUACAAGAAGACAAUUUGCAUCAUCACAGCAACAGCCGACAAACGCAUUUCAGCCAAACCCGUCGCAAUUGUCAUUUUUGCCCUUAAAUUCACUACUGACAUCAAGUAAUCCAUCAUCACCAUCUCAACCGUCGGCUGCAUCACCAUCUCAACCGUCGGCUGCAUCACCAUCUCAACCGUCGGCUGCAUCGCCAUCUCAACCGUCGGCUGCAUCACCAUCUCAACCGUCGACUGCGUCACCAUCUCAACCGCCGACUGCAUCGCCAUCUCAACCGCGAGCAGCAUCGUCACCUCAACCGUCAACUGCAUCGCCAUCUCAACCGCGAGCAGCAUCACCAUCUCAAUCGCUAACUGAAUCAUCACCUCAACUGUCAAACGUACAGUCGCCUCAACCGUCAAAUGUACAGUCGUCUCAACCGUUAAAUGCAUCAUUAAGCACUUCAGAAUCUGUAUCUUUAAAUUCAUCUUUAUCAUCCUCGGGUAUCUCCUCAGAAUCAUCACCUACGUCUCAGAUUAUGCCUUCCUAGCACGCUUCUUGCAAUUCGGUUGUGCAGCGAUCCAAGGGUCAAGAAAGGAAAAUUAGAGCCAACCGAUCUUACCGCCGGCUAUGUUUUUGUUGAUUCAAUCUCUCUCAUAUACAUAUCAUAUCACACUGUACACUUGUUUUCCUCUCCCCCCAC